CCGCCCCCCACCCCACGUGGUUGGAGGUUUCCAGAAGCGCUACCGCCGUCUCGCUGCGCAGCUCCUGUCCGUCCGGUCGCGUGUUGCCCUCGAUACUUCCACCGUCCAGCCGCCAUGAUAAGUGCCAGCCGAGCCGCGGCAGCUCGUCUUGUCGGCGCGGCAGCCUCCCGGGGCCCCACAGCCGCCCGCCACAAGGAUGGAUGGAAUGGCCUUAGUCAUGAGGCUUUUAGAAUUGUUUCAAGGCGGGACUAUGCAUCAGAAGCAAUCAAGGGAGCAGUUGUCGGUAUUGAUUUGGGUACUACCAACUCCUGUGUGGCAGUUAUGGAAGGUAAACAAGCAAAGGUGCUAGAGAAUGCUGAAGGUGCAAGAACCACCCCUUCAGUUGUGGCCUUUACAUCAGAUGGUGAGCGACUUGUUGGCAUGCCAGCCAAGAGACAGGCUGUCACCAACCCAAACAACACAUUCUAUGCCACCAAGCGUCUCAUUGGCCGGCGAUAUGAUGACCCUGAAGUACAGAAAGACAUUAAAAAUGUGCCCUUUAAAAUUGUCCGUGCCUCCAAUGGAGAUGCCUGGGUUGAAGCUCAUGGAAAACUCUAUUCUCCAAGUCAGAUUGGAGCAUUUGUGUUGAUGAAGAUGAAAGAGACUGCAGAAAAUUACCUUGGGCAUACAGCAAAAAAUGCUGUGAUCACUGUUCCAGCUUAUUUCAAUGACUCUCAGAGACAGGCCACUAAGGAUGCUGGCCAGAUAUCUGGACUAAAUGUGCUUCGAGUAAUUAAUGAACCCACAGCUGCUGCGCUGGCCUAUGGUCUAGAUAAAUCAGAAGACAAGAUCAUUGCUGUAUAUGAUUUAGGUGGUGGGACUUUUGAUAUUUCUAUUCUGGAGAUUCAGAAAGGAGUGUUUGAGGUGAAGUCCACCAAUGGAGAUACAUUCUUAGGUGGUGAGGACUUUGACCAGGCCUUGCUACGACACAUUGUGAAGGAGUUCAAAAGAGAGACAGGGGUUGAUUUAACCAAAGACAACAUGGCACUUCAGAGGGUUCGAGAAGCUGCUGAGAAGGCUAAGUGUGAACUCUCCUCAUCUGUGCAGACCGACAUUAAUUUGCCAUAUCUAACUAUGGAUGCUUCUGGACCCAAGCAUUUGAAUAUGAAGCUGACACGGGCUCAGUUUGAAGGCAUUGUCACUGAUCUAAUCAGGAGAACCAUUGCUCCAUGCCAAAAAGCCAUGCAAGAUGCAGAAGUCAGCAAGAGUGACAUUGGAGAAGUGAUUCUUGUUGGUGGCAUGACUAGGAUGCCCAAGGUUCAGCAGACUGUACAGGAUCUCUUUGGCCGAGCCCCAAGCAAAGCUGUCAAUCCUGAUGAGGCUGUGGCCAUCGGAGCUGCCAUUCAGGGAGGUGUGUUAGCUGGUGAUGUCACAGAUGUGCUGCUCCUGGAUGUCACUCCUCUGUCUCUGGGUAUUGAGACUCUGGGAGGUGUUUUUACCAAACUUAUCAACAGAAACACCACUAUUCCAACCAAGAAAAGCCAGGUGUUUUCUACAGCUGCUGAUGGUCAAACUCAAGUGGAGAUUAAAGUGUGUCAGGGUGAAAGAGAGAUGGCUGGAGACAACAAACUUCUUGGACAAUUUACUUUGAUUGGAAUUCCCCCAGCCCCUCGUGGAGUCCCUCAGAUUGAAGUUACAUUUGACAUUGAUGCCAAUGGGAUUGUACAUGUUUCAGCCAAAGAUAAGGGUACAGGACGCGAGCAGCAGAUUGUGAUUCAGUCUUCCGGUGGGUUAAGCAAAGAUGAUAUUGAAAAUAUGGUUAAAAAUGCAGAAAAGUAUGCUGAGGAAGACCGGCGAAAGAAGGAACGGGUUGAAGCAGUUAAUAUGGCUGAAGGAAUCAUUCAUGACACAGAAACAAAAAUGGAAGAAUUCAAGGACCAAUUGCCUGCUGAGGAAUGCAACAAGCUGAAAGAAGAGAUUUCCAAAAUGAGGGAACUUUUGGCUCGAAAAGACAGUGAAACAGGAGAAAACAUAAGGCAGGCAGCAUCUUCCCUUCAGCAAGCAUCACUGAAGCUCUUUGAAAUGGCAUACAAAAAGAUGGCAUCUGAGCGAGAAGGCUCUGGAAAUUCUGGCAGUGGGGAACAAAAGGAAGAUCAAAAGGAGGAAAAACAGUAAUGCCAAACUUUGGAGUCGAAAUAUGAUGCUUGGGAGUGAAGGGACUUCUGAGCAGAAAUGGGCAAACUUCAAUCUUUUACUGUGUUUUUGCAGUAUUCUAUAUAUAAUUUCCUUAAUAUGUAAAUUUAGUGACCAUAAGCUAAUGAUCAUUUAAUGAGAAUUUCAACCGUACAAAAUUCAGAGUACUCUGUAGUCAUUUAUCAUCUGCAUGUAAAGGGAGGGGAAGAUUUGUUGAUCAUUAUAAAAACAAUGUUUUGUGCUUUAGUAGCUGUAUUUUCAAGAGGUGAAACCAUACCAUUUCUGAGAACGCUGAAGGUAGUCGGCCACACACCUGGAAUGAGACCAUAUGGGGAUGAGAUCUUCUAGUGAAUUAAGAACUACUACACCAGCCUAUGUGUACAUGGGAUUCUUCAUGAAACUGAGGCCUUACAAGGCAAGCCAGCAGUGCCAUGUUGGAGGGUAGGGCAGGAGUAGCUAGAUCAACAGAAAAAUAGCUGUUACGUACAGCUUUGUAUUUUUAAAGGUAAUAGGGCUCCCUGACUUUCCUAAGGCAUAUUUUUCUAGCUGCCUUCUGGCCUGUGUCUGGCUUCCUUGUUGAUGGCUUUUUUUGAUCAUUUUGUUUUUUUUUUUUUUUUUUUUUUUUUUUUUUAAUAAAUCUGAAAAAGUAUCUUGAUCUCUUGUUUGUGAGAAGUGAGGCUCUGAGAUUUAGCUUCAGGAAUAGGACAUGAAUACUUCCCCAAGUUCUCUGACCUAAAGCCAUUCGAGUGGAAUACAGGAUUUUCUAACAUCAGCUGAAAAUACAAAUUCAGGAUUUGGAAGGGCUGGUUGAUGAAAUAAUAUGCAUUAAUUACCAAGAACAAGUCCAUCAGGAACUGAUGCUUCCAACAUUUCUCCUGUUUAAUCUUGAGUGAGUUGCCUUGUCCCAUAUCCUGUCAUGUAGUUGCAAUUACAUGCGGACACCUUCAGAAGAAGGGUGAAUAUCUUUCCUAUUUAUUUAAAUGUGAAGAAUUCUUUCCAAAAGUUUUCCAGCAGAUCCCCCCCCCCCUUUUCAUGGAUUACUGCCAUAUACUGUGCUCAAAGGAAUCUACUGUUCAAGAACAUGGGCUUAGAUCCUGUUAGAUGUAAUGCCUCCUUUUAUUUUGUGAUAUCUAGAAAUUGCUGUACAAUUAAGUCAGUAUAGUUAGUGCUUUAAUGUGAAGGAGAUUGUUUACACAGUAAUUACAUUCCUGGAAACUUUAAGUGUUCCUUAACACCCAUGUAAACACUUGUGGAGAUUCCUAUGAAAAAUAAAUCCUAGGCUCAAAUUUUCAGCUACAUGAAUACUUGGGAACCUUGUGGGAUGCACAGUAACUCUUUGUAAAAGAUUAUUUUUUGACAUAUUGUAGCAUCUUUUGUCAGCCUUUCCCCACUGAAUGCCUCUAGAGUAUCCUAAUCAUUGUGAUAAUAAGCACCCCCGCCUCCAAGGACUUCUAAAGCACCCCAGUUAUAAACCAGUGCCUUUUUAUUACAGAUUCAUCCUUGCUAUCAGGUAAAACUGCUGCUUGGAAAGGUACUCAAAUAACAUCUCAAGCUACCCCAUGUGUAGUGAACACAUGGGACAGUAUUUCAGUUACCUACCAGUAAAAAUGAUAGUGGUCCAGACAACCUUGAAAGACAAAGUUUUUUUAUUUUUCAGAUCCAUUGUCCCUUCUGUAGUGACAACUGCUUGCUUGGGCACCAAAGGACUUCUUUACCUUGCUAAGAGGUCUUCCCAGUUAAAUAAGCUGCUUAUAGAUGCCUAAACAAAGUCGUCAAAUCUUAGUCAUUGCCCCAAGUACACCCAGAACCAUCCUCCUACCACUGAGUGUAAUUUACUGGUUAGUAGUUUUCCCCAUUUAAAAUCACACCCUUGGGGCAGCCUGGGUGGCUCAGUUUAGCACCGCCUUUGGCCCAUGGCAUGAUCCUGGACACCCGGGAUCUGGUCCCAUGUCAGGCUCCCUGCAUGGAGCCUGCUUCUGCCUCUCUGUCUCUCAUGAAUAAAUAAAGUCUUUUUAAAAAAUAAAGUCACACCCUUGCCACUGGUGAUUUCCCACUGUAGUCCUCAAAUCAAAAGUAAUACGUGGCAUUUCCAGGUGCCUGAGUGUCACUUAAGGCUCAGGUCAUGAUUUCAGGGUUGUAGGAUCAAACCCUAAGCCCAGUAGGCUCUGCUCAGUGGGAAGUCUGCAUGAGAUCCCCUACCUCUGCCUACCAUCUCCCCUUACACACAUGCACACCCUGUCAAAUAUUUUAUUUUUUUUUUUAAUUUUAUUCAUUUAUCCAUGAGAGACACAGAGAGAGAGAGACAGGCAGAUGGAGAAGCAGGCUCCAUGCAAGGAGCCUGAUGUGGGACUCGAUUCAGGGUCUCCAGGAUCACACCCUGGGCUGCAGGCGGCGCUAAACCGCUGUGCCACCGGGGCCGCCCCCUGUCAAAUCUUUUAAAAACCAUGUGGCAUCUGUCCUUUUAGGUAAUAAUAGUUUCUUUACUUUUUUAGGACACUGAUUUUUGAGUAUAGGCCAUUUCAUUUAUAGAAUGGCCCUUUGUAUUCACCUGAUGAUUUCCUUGAGUUCGGAGUCCUGUACGUAGUAUUGGUAGAAAUACCACAUAGGCGUUAGGUGUAUCGAUAUAUUCAUUACCAGGGAGGAUAAACUGCUAUGCUCCACGCCUGUUCGUUAUGAAACUACUUUUAAUAAGUUUUUACGGUGGCUUGAUUUUCAGUAUAACAUUUACACUAGAGAUUCCAUAGCAAGAAGAAACUUUAAGAAUAAAAGUGAAUUCUUAUAGAUGGCACAUGAGAUAGAAUGAAGGGACGAGCCAGAUUUUGGAAACUCAGAUACCACCGUGACUGCUUUGUAAGAGCUAUGUCUCCUCUAGUAUCAGAACAACGAAACGGGUGAAAGCUUUAGAUAGAGGAACUAUAGGGUGACCUACAUUAAUCUGUACAGCAUGGAGGUAAUUUAGCAAUUACAGAACCACUGAAACAGCCAUUUCCAUAGGUUAAAAAACACUGAAUAUCAACAAUUUGAUAUGGUUAAGCCUAAUACAAUGUACCAUCCUCAAACCCAUUUCUGCUGCAGCACAGUCAGGAAGCUGAAAUUUGGGGGGAAGGGUGGAGAAGAGUCUUAAGCAGGCUCAAACACAGAACCCAAUGCUGGCCUUGAGCUCAUGACCCUGGGAUCUUAGCUGAAAUCAGAGUUGGAUGCUUGACUGAUGGCCACCCAGGUGCUCCAAGAAGCAGAAAUUUUGACUCUAAAGAGAACUGGCAGCUGAAUCAGCCUUUAAUAAUUAUGAGCUUCAAGUUUGAGAUCAGGCAACAGGAAAGGAACAUUGCUACCUAGGACAAAUGGGCUGGCUCAGUGGCAAAGCAUACAACCAUGAUCUAGGGGUCAUGAGUUUGAGCCCCACACUGGGUGUGGAGCCUAGUUAAAAAUGAGAAAAAGUUCAACCUAAAUCACAGGUUCUUUUUUUUUUUUUUUUUAAAUCACAGGUUCUUAAACAGGUUCGUUCUUGUACUCCUGACCCAACAGGUGGAGGUUUGAAGUAAUAGGGAAACAGGGAGUCCACAUGAGUGACUUCUGGGAGUCCAUAAAACACUAAUUCUAGAAUUCAAUAUAUUUCUGAAGAAAUGGUCUGUUGCUUUUACUGAUUUCUUGGGAACCUGACCAAAAUGGGUUAAGACCAUUGCUUUCCUCGAUGGGAACUCAUUCCACCUUUACUGGUCUAGCUUAAUAAAUUCGAGACCUACUCCUCUGGUCCAUGUCCCCCUUGCAUUUGCCAGUUCAUCAAUUUUGCUUUUGUAUUUCUUAAGCAUCCUUAUCCAUCUUCAUUAAGCCUUAACCACACUGGCUGUGUACUCAUAAUUUUACUCUAAUAUUUCUAAAAGGAUUAUUAUAAAAAAAAAUCAUGAUCACAUAAAAAAACGUGAGCAACUCUUUAAUAGCAACCAAAUGUCCAAAUUUACCCAUUUCACAACUUUAAGAGCUUAUUUUAAGUAAUUUCUACACCCAAUGUGGGGCUCAAACCCUGAGAUCAAGAUUCACAUGCUGUACCUACUAAACCAGCUGGACGCCUGGUUCACAGCUUUUUGAAAUGUUAAACCAGAAACCAAAUAAAGGCUACAUC